AUGCACUACCCGCUACUUCGUCCUACCCGCCAGUCUCCCGCUCGUGCCAUGGUUUGCUUGGACGACGACGAGAGUGAAGGAAGAUACACGAGGACAAAGAGGCUGGCUCAGGAUGCGGCUGUUCAGUUGACUGGAACCAAAAGAACUGAGAGCGGCGGACAACCUGGUCUAUUUCCUCGAAGAGGCUCCUUUAUUUGGCUAAUUGGCUUAUUGGAAGCAAAAUCUCACUACUACACCUCACCCGCACCUCACCCGUGCCCUCACCAUGCCGUGAGACCUUCUCUCCCUGCCGAACGAGAUCCUCAUGAAAAUUGGGGACGCUUGUCUCCUCGACGACCGCGCCUCGCUGGCCGCCUCCUGCCGCUAGUUCAGGUGGCUGAUCGGGGAACACCCCUUCGGCCGUCCAGGCACUGCGGAGGCCCGGAGCCUAUACAACUGCUUCUGCCGAUCUGCUUGUACUCAUGCAUAGUAAUUAGUUCCUGCGCGUUCUGGGUAGAGACCCGCAGCCCGCGCCCUGGUACUGGUGCGCGGCGCACAACCGCUCGCAUAGAUACCCCUGCAGCCUGGGUCAAGAAUAAAGCUAGCAGCGGACUAGAUGUGCAAGUCAUCAGUCAUAAGCGGCAGAGACACGGCCCGUGGUUCGGUGGUAGCUUGUUGGGUCAGAUGCCGGAGUUCAAGAGUUAUUGCCAUACCGAGGCCGAGUAUGACGAGAUUGGGCCUAGCACUGUAGGAGGGCUUGCGUUGCUGGGCGGGCUAGGCAGCAUUUGGAGCAAUGAGUCGGUAAACUGUUCUUACCUAGCUAAAGCUAAGAGUAGUAGUCUAAGUAUUGCAAAGGGCUGUUUAUUCUAA